AUGGUGAACGUUAGAAAGUUUGUGACUUCUCGUCCAAUAUUUGUCUUCUUCCUCUUGGCAUUUCUGGUGAUUGUUUUCGGGUGCAUACCGGUCACGAUUUGGCUCAGAACAACUAAGAACGUAACAGACGGCAUUGUUUUUUGCACUGAAGGCCUCCGGUCAAGUCUAGUUUCUGAUAUUGAAAAUAUCGGAAAAUUUACCUACCAGAAGACCAGUUCAUCUACUACCGGUUUAGCCAACAUUAUAGAUUCUUAUCUCACAAACAAUGAUACUCAUUUCAAAAAGAUUCAAACACAGGUCGCACCGGUGUUGUUUAAAGCUUAUUUAACGAUCCCUCAAGUCUCACAAGUUUCGUACAUUAGCACGGAUGGUCUCUUGUUUUCUUACAAAACAGAACUGAACGCAAGUGUCGCUGUCUUUGCCAAUUCUUCAAGUGGUAAAGGAGACUACACUUGGUACACUCAAACAGUCGAUCAGAUAACCGGUCGUCUUACCGGAAAUGCAACGAAAUCUAAGCCUGUGGAUGUAACCCAUAAAGACUGGUUCCAAGCAGCGCAGAGAAACCACACUACCGCCUUUGUGGGACCUGGUUUGGGAGGAGAAGUUAAUGAGGCUAUGUUUCAGAGCGUCGUUAGCUUGUACAGCAAGAAAGGAGCUGUUUCAUUAGGGUUUCCGGUUAAAACGUUAAUCGAUUCUUUGAACCGUUUGGAUCUAAAGGGUGGAGAGCUUUACUUGUGGACCAAGGAAGGGACAUUGAUUGUUCCUGGAAGAUCACUAAAAGCUACUUUCUUCAUCUCCAAUGGCUCCAUUUGCUUUGGUAGAGAAUCGUCUCAUUGCAUCCCCGGAAAUUGUAGUUCUCGUGGUUACCAGGUGGAGAUCGGAAGAUCGAAAUUCCAAGCUUUUUGCUCUGUUCUUGAAGUUUCCGGAGUGCCUCUGAGAUACACAUUCAUGUUUCCCAACAAAGAAAGGGGACCAAGCAUCGGGAGCGCAUCGCUAUAUCUUCUUGUUGCAACAAUGUUUUUGGGCUUGUGCUGGCCUCUAGGGUUUGUGGCGUGUAUGGUGAACGCAGCAGGAAGAGAGAUGCAUAUGCGUGCAACAUUGAUCAACCAAAUGGAAGCAACACAACAGGCCGAGAGAAAAAGCAUGAAGAAGAGUCAAGCCUUUGCAAGAGCUAGCCACGAUAUAAGAGGUUCCCUUGCCGGGAUUACUGGUCUGAUUGAUCUAUGUCAUGACUCUGAAGAAGUUAGACAUGGGUCUAACCUAGAGUCUCGUCUUAAGCUAGUGAAUGGCUGCACCAAGGAUCUGCUUGAUUUGCUCAACUCUGUUUUGGACACGAGCAAAAUCGAAAGCGGGAAGAUGCAGUUAAAGGAAGAAGAGUUCAACCUAGCAAAACUUGUGGAAGACGUCAUCGAUUUUUUUCAUCCCGUGGCGAUGAAGAAAGGGGUUGAUGUGGUUUUGGAUAUGCACGAUGGCUCGGUUUUCAAAUGCUCUAACGUGCGAGGAGAUGGUGGAAAACUGAAGCAAAUCCUCAACAAUCUUGUCAGCAAUGCGGUCAAGUUCACGGUCCAGGGACACAUUUCGAUCCGAGCUUGGGCUCAGAGGACCAGUUCCAAUGCGGUCCUUGCAUCAGACAAUGAAGGAGGUUUAUCAAAGUUUUCAAAGAAGAGUAAAGACCAGGGUUCAAUGUCGAAUUCAGUUAGAAACAAUGGGAACAUGAUGGAGUUUGUGUUUGAAGUGGAUGACACAGGGAAAGGGAUACCAAUGGAGAUGCGUAAAUCAGUGUUUGAAAACUAUGUUCAGGUAAGAGAAACAGAUCAAGGACAACAAGGAACUGGAUUAGGACUUGGGAUUGUGCAGUCUCUGGUAAGGUUAAUGGGAGGGGAGAUAAGAAUCAUUGACAAGGCCAUGGGAGAGAAGGGAACAUGUUUUGAGUUCAACGUUUUAUUGUCAGCAGCAUCAGAGUCUCAAGUGAGUAGACAGGACACGGAAGAAGGAGAUCACAUGCAUGGGGCUAUUAAAACUUCAUCGGGAGGUAGCAUGAGCAUACGGAGCAUGAGCCCUAGGUUACACAACUGGCUCAGCUCGAGUCCAAAGCAAGAAAGGUCUCGAGUGCUUCUUCUGAUGAAAGAUGGAGAACGUAGAAGGGUUACAGAGAAAUACAUAAAGAGCCUUGGAAUAAAAGUCACAGUGGUGAAAAAAUGGGAGCAUCUGAAUCAUGUUCUGGAGAGGCUUAUUGGGGUUUCACGUCAGGGUUCCAUGGGAAGAAACGAAUCAUUAAGCUCGAGCUCAAGGGAGUUGCCUUUGAUUGGCAUGGAUGGGAUUGAUUCAAGAAGCCAGACUCCUAAAAGAACAAGGCAUGGUUUCUCUCCAGCUCUCCUUGUGGUGAUUGAUGCGGAAACCAGAUCAUUUCCUGAGCUGUAUGACAUUGUUGAACAGUUUCGCAGAGGCUUGCACCAUGGUGUUUCCUGUAAAGUUGUUUGGCUUAAUGAUAGGGGAGAUGGAAGUUUGAGAGGGGACAUUAGCUGUUCUAAACCGUUUCAUGGAUCAUGUCUCAACAAAGUGCUGAAGAUGUUGCCUGAAUUUGGAGGAACCGAGCCAAAAGAAGACAAACAAGGAGCUCUCAAGCCUAGUGAAGAUGAGUUAUUGAGUGGAAAGAGGGUUAUGGUGGUGGAUGAUAAUCAUACAACAUCUUUAUAUGCAACAAUAAAGCUGAAAAAGAUGGGAGCCUCUGAGAUCAAACAAUGCUACAAUGGAAAAGAAGCUGUGAGAUUAGUCAGUGAAUGGCUUACACAACGAGAACAUGAGGAAGGAGGUUCAUCAGAAAUGCUUCUUCCCUUUGACUACAUAUUCAUGGACUGCCAGAUGCCAGAAAUGGAUGGAUAUGAAGCAACUAGAGAGAUUAGAAAAAUGGAGGAAAAAUAUGGUGCUGGUUUGCAUAUUCCAAUUAUAGCUGUAUCUGGUCAUGAUCAUGGUUCAACAGAAGCAAUAAAAACCAUAGAAGCUGGAAUGGACGCCUUCUUGGAGAAAAACUUGAAUCAUGACCAGCUUGCAAAGGUCAUCAGAGAAAUCACAAGCAAGGUUCAGAAUCCAUAAUAAGCCGGAUUUUGAUGGAAGAGGGGAGCUAUG